GUGCUGGGUGCUGUGCUGCGGGUGCAGAGCGGGGUACAACACGCCGCGGCGGUGCGCAGGACACGAUACACGCACGAGACAAGCAGGACAGUGGGGAGGAGGGAGGGACGGUGACUUAUUGGCUCCUCGUGCUCCUCGUUCUCUUUUUUCUUCUUCUUUCUUCGUGCAAUAAUUACGUAUUUGUCUUUACGCUUUUUUACUAUUCAGCAUUAUCACACACGUUCAUUCCAUGCAAGUGGGGGAACUCUAAACCGGCGUGCUUGUGUGAAUGUGUGUAUGCUUGUGUGAGUGAGGGAGCAAGUGUGUGUGUAAGCGAGAGAGAGAGAGAGAGAGAGAGAGAGAGAGAGAAAGAGAGAGAGAGAGCGUGCGCGCGCUCGUGCUUGCUUGCGUUGCGUGCUUGCUUGCUUGCUGGCGUGUGCGUGCGUGCGUGCGUGCGCGUGUGUAUGUGUGUAUGAGAGGGAGUGUGUGAGAGGGAGUGAGGGAGCGAGAGAGAGAGAGAGAGAGAGGCAGAGGCAGGGAGUGCGCGCGCGUGUUGUCGUCGUCGGUGGCGGGCGGCUGCAGAAAUCUCGGCGGAGGGGCGGCAGGACAGUUCAGUGCGCCGCUGCUGCCGUUUCUGCUGUUUCUGCUUCUUCUGCGCGAGGAGAAGUUGUGCGAAUCCCACCGAGAGAGAGAAGGGGAAUAAAUGAGAGAGAAAACAUGCAGGAGGCGCGCGCGAGGACUGGAUUUUAACAGCAUUUUCAUUCACACCCAAACGGACUGAGAUCAUUUUCUUUUUUUCUUCUUUUUUUCAUUUCUUUCUUACUGAUUUUUUUUUCAUUUGUUAUUUUUCUUUUUUGCUGUUCUAAACGAAAAAAAAGAAGGAAGGAGAAAAAGCCUAAAUAAAUUAACUCGAAAACUGCAGCGUUUGCUUCAGCUUUGCCAUGUGCUGAACGAAUUGCAUCACAUCGCAGCGCUGGAAAAGAGAGACUCUUGCUGUGCGGACUCGCUCGGACUCGAACUUGUGCUUGUGUUUGACUUGGACGCUUAAUUAAAUACGGGGGGCAGGAGACGUUCAUGGUAAGGAAGAAAAGGAAAAAGGACUGAGGUGUAAAGGAAAAGCAUAAGAAGGGGAAGAGGACAGAGAAGGUGGGAAUAUAUGCAAGAAAGAAAAAGCAGCAAGAAUCAGCACAAAAAUUUGAUCAGCUCAGAUUCAUUCGUUUGAUUUUUUUUUAUUGCUUAUAUUUUUGCCUUUUAUUUUUUUGGAGUGAAAAAUCAUCCCGGAGCGAUGAGGACUUCUACCGCAGUGGACUGUAUAUGCUACUGCUGGCUCCUGCUGCAGCUGCUGAGUCAGCCCGCGGUGGCAAAGCAGGUGCUGCGCUACCGCCUGGCCGAGGAGGGUCCCGCGGACGUACGCGUGGGGAAUGUAGCCGCCGACCUGGGCAUCGUAGCCGGGUCCGGCGAGGUGACGUUUACGCUCGAGUCCGGCUCCGACUACUUCAAGAUUGACAACAUCACCGGGGACCUGAGCACCAACGAGCGACGGAUCGACCGCGAGAAGCUGCAGCAGUGUCAGAUGAUUUUCGACGAGAACGAGUGUUUUAUUGACUUCGAGGUGUCCGUGAUCGGCCCCGCGCAAAGCUGGGUGGACUUGUUUGAAGGAAAAGUCAUCAUCCUGGACAUCAACGAUAACACGCCGUCCUUUCCCUCUCCCGUGCUCACCCUCUCCGUGGAGGAGAACCGGCCCAUCGGCACGCUGUACCUGCUCCCCACCGCCACGGACAGGGACUUCGGGCGCAACGGGAUCGAGAGGUACGAGCUGAUCCAAGACGGCGCGGAGAGCUCCGUGAGGCGCCUGGGCUCGGCAAGCACCGACGCGCACUCGGGCAAGAGGAGGUUCGACGACGCGCAGAGUCGGAGCAGCGUGUUCGAGCUGCAAGUGGCCGACACCACGGACGGAGAGAAGCAACCGCAGCUAAUUAUCAAAGGCGCGCUGGACCGCGAGCAGCGCGACUCCUACGAGCUGACCCUGCGCGUGCGGGACGGGGGCGACCCCGCGCGCUCCUCCCAGGCCAUCCUGCGCGUGAUGAUAACGGACGUGAAUGACAACAGCCCGCGCUUCGAGAAGAGCGUGUACGAGGCGGACCUGCCCGAGAACAGCUCUCCCGGUGCCCCCAUCCUCCAGCUCAAAGCGAUGGACGCCGAUGUGGGGGUCAAUGGGCAGAUAGAGUAUGUGUUUGGGGCAGCCACUGAAUCUGUGCGGCGCCUCCUGCGGUUAGACGAGAGCACAGGUUGGCUGAGCGUGCUGCACAGGAUUGACCGGGAAGAAGUAAGUCAGCUGAGGUUUACAGUCAUGGCAAGGGACCGUGGUCAGCCCCCUAAGACUGAUAAAGCAACUAUGAUCAUUAACAUCAAGGAUGAAAAUGACAAUGUUCCAAAUAUCGACAUAAGAAAAAUUGGGCGCAUCUACCUGAGGGACGGUGUGGCAAAUGUGGCAGAGGAUGUGGUAGUGGACACACCCAUUGCACUUGUCCAAGUGUCAGAUCGUGACAAGGGACCAAACGGUGUGGUGACAUGCACAGUGGUUGGUGAUGUCCCCUUUCAGCUGAAGCCAGCAAGUGAGAUAGAAGGUGACAUGAACAAGAAGAAAUAUUUCCUGCAUACGUCAGCACCGCUCGACUACGAGGCCGUACAGGAGUACAAUGUUGUCAUCGUGGCCGUGGAUUCAGGCAGCCCCAGCCUGUCCAGCAACAACUCACUCAUUGUAAAAGUUGGAGACAUAAAUGACAACCCGCCAAUCUUUACCAAAAGUACAGUGGAGGUCUCAUUUCCAGAAAACAACGCCCCAGGUGAGCGUGUGGCGACUGUGGUGGCUUUGGAUGCAGACAGUGGCAAAAAUGCAGAAAUUUUCUACUCGUUGGACUCCUCAGUGAACGGAAUAUUUUCCAUUGAUGCAGACAGUGGUGACAUUCGUGUUAACACCAUACUUGACCGAGAACAAACUGAGCGCUAUGAGUUCAAGGUUAUUGCCAAAGACAAAGGAGUGCCUGUCAUGCAGGGCUCAGCCACAGUCGUGGUGCUUGUGGCAGACAAGAAUGACAAUGAGCCAAAGUUCAUGCAGGACGUAUUCACUUUCUAUGUGAAGGAAAACUUGCAGCCCAACAGCCCUGUAGGCAUGGUCACAGUGAUGGACUCAGAUAAGGGGCAGAAUGCUGAGAUGAGCCUGUACAUUGAGGAAGAGGAGGAAAUAUUCUCUAUUGAAAACAACACAGGAACCAUCUUCUCCACAGUGGCGUUCGACCGUGAGCAGAAGACCACCUAUUCUUUCAGAGUCAAAGCUGUAGAUGGUGGAGACCCGCCACGAUCUGCCACAGCGACUGUAUCUCUUUUUGUGAUGGAUGAAAAUGAUAAUCCACCAUCAGUCACUUUCCCAAUCAACAGCUCCUACACUCUGUUACCACCAUCCAGCAACGUCCGAACAGUUGUCCGCACUGUAAUAGCUACUGAUACUGACACAGGUGUCAAUGCUGACCUCAGCUACAGCAUAAUAGGGGGCAAUCCAUUUAAGCUGUUUGAAAUUGAUCCUGAUACUGGUGUCAUUUCAUUAGUGAGCAAGCUGGAGCAAAAACAUUUUGGCCUCCACCGUCUAGUGGUGCAGGUUAAUGACAGUGGGGUCCCUUCCCAGAGCACCACAACACUAGUUCAUGUCUAUGUGAAUGAGACGCUUUCUAAUUCUACUGUAGUGGAUGCCCAGAUUGCCAAGAGCCUUGGUACACCACUUAAUGCAGAUAUAGCUGGAGACCCCAACUAUGAUCUGGGAAAGCAGCGCUUAAGUAUCGCUAUUGGAGUGGUGUCUGGCAUCAUGACGGUCAUCCUCAUCAUCCUUGUUGUAGUCAUGGCUCGCUACUGUAGGCCCAAGAACAAGAAUGGCUAUGAGGCUGGUAAGAAGGACCAUGAGGACUUCUUCACACCACAACCACAUGACAAGGGAAAGAAACCCAAAAAGGACAAGAAUAAGAAAAAAUCCAAGCAACCACUGUACAGCAGUAUUGUAACAGUUGAGGCAUCAAAGCCUAACGGUCAGCGCUAUGAUGGCGUGAACGAGAAACUUUCGGACAGUCCAGGAAUGGGCCGAUAUCGCUCUGUAAACGGUGGGCCUGGAAGCCCGGAUCUCGCUCGCCACUACAAGUCUAGCUCGCCCCUGCCUACGGUCCAGCUUCACCCACAGUCGCCCACAGCGGGCAAAAAGCACCAGGCAGUUCAGGAUCUGCCCCCAGCCAACACCUUCGUGGGCACUGGAGAUAACAUAUCCAUUGGAUCUGACCACUGCUCUGAAUACAGCAGCCAAACCAUCAACAAGUACAACAAACAGCCGUUCCGCCGAGUGACCUUCUCGGUGGUGAGCCAGCCCCAGGACCCCCACCAGGGCUCGCUGCAGAGCUGCUACGACAGUGGCCUGGACGAGUCGGAGACGCCCAGCAGCAAGAGCUCCACCGGUCCCCGGCUGGGAGCCCUCCCCCUGCCCGAGGAUGCGUAUGAGAGGACCACGCCGGAUGGCAGUGUCGGUGAGGCAGAGCAUAUGGAAAAUGACUCUCGGCCCCUGCCUGACGUAGCCAUGACGGGUAAGUGCACGCGGGAGUGCGAUGAGUACGGCCACUCCGACGCCUGCUGGAUGCCGGUCCGCACCUCGCCCGAACGCAGGCCCAAGGCCACCCCUCCCAAGCUCUCCACCUUCAUGACCUCGCCAGGGGGCAGCGUCGCUGAGCCGCCCGGCAGCCAGGAGUCGCUGGCCGUCGCCAACGGAGACCCCUCGCACCUGCUAGGCGACCGCAACCGCAACCUCCUCAACAAGAAGAUGGCCUCCUCCUCCUCGUCCUACGACACCUUCAGCUCAGCCGGCUUCUCCUCCGCCGUCGAAGAGACGUCCCGCCCCACCGAAGAAAUCCCGCUGGCGCCGACGGGCGAGUACAAGCCCGUGCAGUGCGGGACCCUCACCAGGCGGGAGGUUUACCUGUAACGACGCCCAGCGACAGAGUAACGUAAAAAAAUUCGGUCCGACCACUUUCAACAUAGACACUGUUAGCAAACCAAACCGUGGCGCCAUACAAAAAAGCAGGGCGUGGACGCUCCUCUCACUGCUCUUACAGCUUGCGUUCCUUUAAAAAUAGGCAGGACUCUUCUUCUGUAAGUAAAUAAAGACUUUAAAAAGCAUGGUGAAGAAAGGUCUCGCUCGCUUGCAUGAUUCAAUGCAACGCGAUGCGAUGCAAGAAGAUGCAAGAGGAGGAUGAGAUUGAGAACAUUGGUGAAAAAAAAGGGUGAAGGAGGAGAACAUGGAGGAGGAGGAGGAUGUAGAAAGAUAUAAAGAGAAAAAGAAUAAAAGACAAAUAGAGACAGAGAAAGAAAGCAAGAGAGAGAGAGAGAGAAAGAAAGAAAGAGCGGGAGAAAGAGGAAGACGGAGGUGGAGAGAGGGGGAUGCUGGUGGAUGAGUGCUGUGUUACUUUGCUGCUAGCGUUUCGGGCCCUCUUGACUUUUUUUCCAAAGUGCUGCCUGGUUCUGUAGACUUCAUCAUAAACAACAUGCAUGCAUAAUCUAGCCAACUUUAAAGGACUCGAGACUAUUAUUCUCUUCUGCCGUUUUUGUUUGGUUCCUCCUUUUUUCUAACUGAUACCGAACGGACGGGAGCAGGCAAGACUGGUGCUGUUAUCUUCUUUGAUCCUUUUCUUUUUUUUUCAAUUUGUUUCGUUCUGUUUUUUGUUUUUUUAUUUUCCGCUAGGGGAUCAGAAUUGUAGACUUUUUUUAUGCAUCAUAUCCGUAUGCAAUCUGUCCAAGGACUGAAAUGAACUGAACUGCUAAUGCUGGACAAACUCAUCGCAUCCACCGAGAGACCAAAAAACAAAACCCCUACAAAAAAAAAAGACAAAAAACACAUCAAAAAAAAUAAACAAAAAAAUAUAUAUAGGCCAAUCAUGGACGAGAAUCAAUGCAUGAGGUAUCAACGCAGUGAUGGCAUGGAUUGCUGAAGCAGGAACAUUUGGAACAUUCGUGGCCAGAUUACCUGGAGCAGUUUGUUAUGUAAGCUAGAACUUUUCCAAUGACUGUGGCGGGGUCUGUAGAUAUCUCUUUCUAUGUCCGUAAAUGAUGGCGCAACUCAUCGUCAGCGCACAAGCUGUAAAACUAACGGUGAACUCCCUGUCGCUCCGAGGCGAAGCGAGUGGCGUGCCUAACCUGCUUUUUUCAAUACACACAAAACACACACAAAAAAUCCUACACGCUUUUCUCUCGUGUUGCUCAUGAGUUGUACAUAAAUAUUUGAACACAUGUUUCCGGACAUCAUGCUUUAUACCUAAGCUGUCAAUCAAUCAAUCAAUUAGUCAAUCAAUCACCACCACAAUCGUGCCCCUCCCCAGCCUCCUCUCUUGUGUACACGUCCCCGACACGUCUGAGGUCAUUGGUAUCAUAUCCGUAUCCAUAUCCAUCAUCCGCGAACAUGGGUGCCUCCUCUCGUCGUGGGGCGCAAACUAUGCUGAAGUUGAUUUUUUAAUUCGAAGUUGAGUUUUUUGUUCGUUCUUUCGUCAUCUCAGACAGACUUAGACAGACACAGAAGCCCUUAGUGACCUAUGGCACACAGUAUGCUAUACCCGCACACACAAACAUCGAGCUAACAGCUAGCAUCCGUCAUUAGCAUCAGAGCUAACUGACCACCGGGACUAGGACUACUCUCUCCCUUUAGAUAAUCGGAUAUCUACCAGCGAAACCAUUGGUCCCACCCCCCUCGCUUGGGCUGGCCCAGCCUAACAUUCUCUUAGUAUGAGUGUUAAAUUGAGCAAUAAAUGACAAUAAUAAAUGCGCAUUCAUUCCUUUUACUUCACGGUCACAUGUUCACGUAUUUUUAUUAGCUUAAAUAGAUAAGCUACAGAAAACACAACACAACACGCUAGCACGUCAAAUCAAUAUAGCAUCACUAGCAUCACAAUUGCUAAAAAAACACACACACAUAUAAACACAAACACAAGUGCUAUAACACGCAAACACACAAACACAUACGAGAACAUACAGUAUAAGAUUGAGUACAAUCAUUAAAAGGUCAUUAAAAUUAAAAAAUGUUGAUGUCGUCUUAAGAUGUUCAGAAUAUGUCGGUAAGGCCGGGAGGACGUCUUACGUUGAGUGAAAAGCAAUGAGGCUACACAAAAAACAAAGUUCUGGGAACAAUGUGACGUGACGUUUUGGUAAUAUUACAAAAAAGAAACGCUAUAGAAAAAAAAAGUGCUCUAAAAUAGCUUUUAUCUGGUUGUGUAUGUUGCAUUUAAUACCUGCCCAUACACAUACAACUCUAUGGGCACGAAGAUGAGAUAAAGAUAAAGAAGAAAUGAGGCAAACGUGAUGGAUUGAUGGGAGAUGGAUUGAUGUCCUUGCUAAAACACAUGCAUACUUAGCAUAAACACACACACAAACACACACACAUAUGCACAUACACACAUACACACUUCUAGGUCCUGUGCCCAAGUAUCAACCACGUAUCAAACAAACCUAGUUCGAGGUCGAGAAGUACACUUAUACUUAACGAGGCACAAAGUCUUGCCUUUAAAACUGGGUGACAAUAAAACCAGAUGCAAUGGAACUAUUCUUUUGUACGUUAGAAGAAAAAAAAAAGAAAAAAAAGAAAGAGAGAACCCUUCGGUUUGAACGGACUGCCCUAUUUUUUUUUCCGUUUCCUCGCAGCCUCCUGAAUCCGUAGUCUGUGUGUACUACUCGUCGUUAAAAGAAGUGCUCCGAUGCUUAUCAACUGUAUACAGAAAUAUGUACUUUUUAUUGCACGUUUAAAGGGAUUCUACUUCACUUACUACGAAGGAAAAACGCGAAAAAAUGUUUUAAAAAAAUUUACAAAAAAAUGACAAAAAAUAAAGAACAGACAAAAAAAAAAAAAAACCCUGUGAACUUGGAGGUCCAUUGCUUGCUUUUGUUAUAAAACGAACAUUAGACAUGUAGUAUGGCUUAGUAUAUCAGUUUGAUGAGGAUGAAAAAUGAAACGUGUAUACUUCAACCAUUCAACUGUUCAUCGUUUUUUUUUUUUUUUUUUUGGGUACGUUUAUCAUUAGCAUCGCACUUUGUUAAAUGUUGUUAAAAGUUGUUUUUUGGUAAAUGUCCUUUAUUUUAUCUUUAUUAUCUUUAUUUUUCUUCUUUUUUUUCAGACCAAAUGUAAUGUGUUCACACUUGUGCCCUUUAUAUUAUUUUUCCUUUUUUUAUUCCUUUUUUUUCUCUCUCUCUCUCUCUCCAAAUCAGACUCACAGUGAAACCACUGGAAGACUGCUUGUCAACAUCCCACAUUUCUUCAACUUUUCAACAAAAAUCUGUUUUUUUUUUUUUUUUUUGUAUGUUAAAGUUGAUUUAAGGAAUGAUUUACAGUUCUGUCUGUUUUGUUUUUUUUAUUUUUCCGAAUAUUUUUUAUUUUUUAUUAUUUUUCCGAAAUGUAACCUUUGUAAUGAUGCCCUGCUUUAGAGCAUUAUUCACUGUUUUUUUUUUUUUUUUUUUUGUUUGUUCCUACUUAUGUUCUUAUUUCCUAUCCUUUCCAGUGCCACUUUGUAUAUUUAGAGUGCUUCUGUAAAAAAAAAAAGAACAAAAAGAAAAAAAAAACAGAAUCAAAACAAAUCUAUAGAGUGAAUGCAAAAUAUGCAACUGUGCCUUUUUAUACCGUUAUUGGUAUGACUCGUUGUCGGUUUUGACUAGUAUAAAAACCAAGAUGCUUUCUAAAGUGGAAGAGGAGUACUUUCUGCUCAGACUAGACACCCCGGUGAGGUUUCUACAGUGCGAUAGACUUUAAAUCAGAAGAAGAAAAUGAGAAGGAGGAAAAAAAACAAACAAAAAAAGGCUUUUAUCUUGUGACUUCUUCACGUACGAUUGGUCAAAUGUCAUCUAUCAAAAAGUCUAUCAACGAGUAACGACUGUACACACGUUUUUUAGGUGAUAAUCCUAGCAUAUGAAUCCGUUCGACUUCAAAUUUUAGCAUGGUUACUUGACCAGACCAGGUAUUUAUAUACAGUGCAGACUAAUAACAAGGGUCGAUAACAAGGAUCAUUGUAGUAAUCAUACUAUGGUACUAUCAAUAAGUAAAUCAAUCGGUCAAUGCUGCAAUAGUUAAGAUCAGUGCGGAAUGAAGAGCUAAACCAAGUUUGUCUAGUAGAGACACAACGCAGACGCUUUCAGACAACUGGCAACGGGUUUCGUUAACCAGAUCGUUAACUACUUAACGAAGGAAAAGCUGGAGAUCAUGUAGAAGAAAUAUAUUAUAUGAGAAUGAUUAAAAAAAGAACGCAGCUUCGCAGGCAAAACACACACCUCUGCGGGAGACGCAUUUACACACACACACAGCUCUACAGAUAAUGAUAUAUAUAUAUAAAUUUGCAAGUCUUCGCAAAGUGAGAAGAUAGAAGGUGGUGGCGAAGAAGAAGCUAAUGAUUGAUUGAGUGUGAAAAAAAAAGGAGACAAGUAGAAAUAGUAGCAAUAGAGAACAUAGCAUUGCUUUGUCAUUAUAAGCUAAAAAAAAGGCAGAAAUCAACAUGGUGGAAAGUUCCAAACCUAUCCCCUUCCAUUGAGGUCGAUUGAGGUGUGUGUUUUGCCUGUUUUGGACCCCCAGACGUUUGGACGCUUGUACGUUUCACCGUUUCACGGUUAGUGGAGAGAUUUGUAAUAUUAACCAUACUCUAUUUGUCCUGCGACUUGGAUAUUGAUGUAGAAUUGACGAAUCCGUUUUAAUCAUCGUUUUAUUAGGAGUCACUAUGCACGCAGCUUAGCUGAACAUGGCAAAAUGUACUGAACGCUGAAGUCCACCUCUAUUUAUGAACUAUUUUACAUAAUUUAAUUUUUGCUUUUGUACAGGUAUUUCUGUAAAUAAAUUGCUUGUCAUUUUUGUCUUCUGCAGAAAUUAAAAUAUAACGAUAAAAAAAAAA